UUGAAUGUGCAGUGUUACUUACGGUGAACCGUUUUUUUUGGAGAAGAAAACUCUUGAAGAAAAGAAUCAAUUAAAAUGAAUGCAAUCGUUGUGUUGAGCAUAGUUUGUGCAUAUAUUGUGUGUUUCGUGCAAGCGAUUGGACCGCUUGGUACGUUUGGUGUUGGCGUCGGAUCGUCAAAAUGUGAACCAUCCAUUACAACGGCCAGUGGAACGUAUGCCAUGCACAAAGCCAGUGGCCAGUACUGUUCGGGCGACCUAAUAUUUGAAGACACUUUUGAUAUUUUUGAUACGCGAAAAUGGCAACAUGAAAACACUUUAUCCGGCGAUGGUAAAUGGGAAUUUCAAUGGUACACCAACAAUCGAUCAAAUUCAUUCUGCGAAGAAGGCUAUUUACAUAUUCGGCCAACGCUUACAUCCGAUGUUUACGGUGAAACAUUUUUAAGUUCGGGCGUUGUAAAUCUGCACGGCGGCUCAGAUGCUGACCAAUGCACAAAUCCAUCGUUUUACGGGUGUGAACGUACUGGUUCGGUUCCAUUGAUAAUAAAUCCAGUGCGAAGUGCCAAAAUUCGAACGCAAGAUUCAUUCUCAUUCAAAUAUGGAAAGGUUGAAAUUAGUGCAAAAAUGCCAGCAGGCGAUUGGCUCUUCCCAGCAAUUUGGUUUUUGCCAAAAGAUAAUGCAUACGGUUCAUGGCCAUCAUCUGGUGAAAUUGAUUUAGUUUUGUCACGAGGCAAUCGCAAUUUUACAAACGCCGAAAAACACAUUGGCAUCGAACAGAUUACAUCAAGUCUUCAUUUCGGUCCAUUCACCAGUUUGGAUUUGUAUCAAAGUGCAUUGUUUGUGCGUAAUGCGAAGCCAGGCAAUGGAUUCAACAACGAAUUUCAUCGAUACCAAAUGGAGUGGACGGCAGAUAAAAUUGUGUUUAGUGUCGAUGACGUUGAAACGGGUGCUAUCAAAGCUGGUACGGGUUUUUGGUCUCGUGGAUUGUUUGAUUCGAUCGCACCGGGCGUGAUGAAUCCAUGGCGUUUAUCAACAACAAAUAUGGCACCAUUCGACCAAGAGUUUUAUUUAAUAAUGAAUUUGGCAGUUGGUGGCAGUCAACAUUUCCCAGACGAUGCGUCCAACGCAAUAAACAAGCCAUGGACUAAUGAAUCACCAACAGCAGCUGCUGAUUUUUGGAAUGCUCGUAAUGCUUGGUUGCCAACUUGGAAUUUGGACCAAAAUUUGUCUCGAGAUGCUUCACUCAUCGUUGACUAUGUUCGAGUUUGGGCACUCUGAUGAAAAAGAAAUUCUAAAAACAAUUUAUCAACACUGACUUGUGUUUAAUAUUAUCAAAUCAUGAAAAGUAUAUUCGAUUUAUCUUGUGGCUUCAUAUCUGUAUUUUUUUGUUGAUUUCAUAAAAAUAAAGAAAAAAAUGAGAAACA